AUGGCGCCGUUUGAAGCUCUCUAUGGGAGGAAAUGCCGAACGCCACUUUGCUGGUUCCAGGAAGGAGAGAACGUGCUAACUAGACCUGAACUCAUCCAACAAACAACCGAGAAGGUUAAGUUGAUCCAAGAUAGACUAAAGACGUCCUUGAGCAGGCAGAAAUCCUAUGCGGAUAGAAGAAGAAGACCUUUGGAGUUUGCUGCAGGAGACCAUGUGUUUUUGAGACUCAAUCCGAUCACUGGAGUAGGCAGAGUCGUUCGUCCAAAGAAGCUGUCUCCCAAGUUCAUAGGGCCGUAUCAGAUUUUGAAGAAGAUUGGACCAGUGGCCUACGAACUUGCCUUGCCUCCCCAGCUAUCAAACCUUCAUCCUGUCUUCCACGUCUCACAACUCAGAAAGUAUAUAGCCAAUCCCUCUCAUGUCCUAGAACUGGAAGACAUUCAACUACAACCGAACCGAACGCUGGAGUUGCAACCAGUCCGCAUUGAAGACGUUCGCACCAAGCUACACAAGAGAAAGGACGUUCGUCUAGUGAAAGUUGUGUGGGACGCUAAAACUGAAGAUUCAACGUGGGAGGUGGAGAGUGCAAUGAAGGAUAUGUAUCCGCAUUUGUUUACAUGUAAUUUAUGA